AAGCGUGAAAACGCACCCGCAUUGCAGGUCCCCCAAUCUCUCGCUCUAUCUCUCUCUCAUACUUUUCUUGCAUGCUAAGCUCUCCUUCGGGACUAAUAUAAAAGACCAAACCCACUAACAAAAUUCGGUCCACGGCUCGCCGGAAAAAAGCAUGGCCUGCAAAACAAGCUGUCUCGUUGUCGAAGAUGCUCGCGUGCCGGUUCGAGCCACCUAUGUAAAUCUGUACAAGUGGCCUGAAUCUGACGCCGAGUUUGUCAGGUCUGUGAGCUUCAACGGCCGGCGUGACGGCGAAGGAGGCGGCCACCCUAGGGUGGUGGAUAGUAUUUCAUGCAGGCAGUUGUAUUUGAGGAGCUACACGUUUUCGAGGAAGGAGAGUGUGCCUGAGAAGACUAAGAAGUGUUUUGGUAGAGUUAGACAGAGAGUGGUGGUUCAUACAAGAAAGAGAAAGUCUCCUCCUUCUAAAACUGCUGGUGGUGGUGCUGGUGGUGGUGGAAGGAAGUGUGUGGUGAUUGGGAGAGUGAAGGAGGUGUCUUGUGCCACCUUUUCGUCGGUGUUUCGUCGGUUGCUUUCUUGCACCACCAAGGUUGAUGUGGUUGGUUGAUCAAUCGUCAAGACUUUCGAAUUUUAAUUUUGCUUAUUUUCUUUCUUUUUCUUUUUUUUAACUUUUUAUUUAUCACAAUCAAUGUGUUUACUUAAGUGUUUUGUGUCUUUCUCUGUUUGAAAUCUCUUUAACUUUUUAUGGUCUUUGUAAAGUUCUAUAUAAAUGAUGAAUUUGCAAUAAUUUUGGUCCUGCUA